GUUGUCAAGGUCACUCCCGGGAGACAGAUCGAUCGACCGACAAGUCAUUGAGCGAAACUCAAUAUCUGACCUGUCGGUACCCAUCCUCAUGGGUCAGUUUGCCUCACAUCUAUUAAGUACCUAGUUUGCUUCAAUAGUGACGAUACAUCGAUAUCCCACCCGAGCACGUUCCGCAGAGUAGACCUUGUUUCUAGAGGAGGUUAAAAUAUUUCCUAGUCGAAUCUAGUCUAUCGUUCAAUCACAACUCUUCGCUCUUCCCCCUUGUACAACGGGAUAUAUGCAUCGGACACUCGUGUUGAAGUUACCGAUACCCACAGUUCGGGUCUGAGAGAGAAACAGGAACACACUCAUUCAGUCACACGGUUCGACUGGUCGAUUAAUACCCGGCGGACCCCCCUGGUAGAAUUCUUAAAAAUUUAUCUUGGCCUUUUCAAACUUAUUAUAUCUUCGUUGGAAGUUCGAAUUUAGACCGAGAAAGUGGGAAUAUUGCCAAAGGCUUGCGAUGCCAUGGAGAACCCUUCGGCACCGCUCGCGGACUACUUCUGGAUUGCGGGCAUCGAAUCCAUAUCGUACCAAGACCUUCCGCCACCAUCUUCUUCUACCCAGGUAGAAGGUACUAUCACCGAGGAUGGCGAACCUGACGAACAUGACGAGAUUUUUACCGAAGCGAUAGCUUCUCCUUCUCCUUCCCCAGCGAAUAAAAGCUUUGCUCGACAUUCCCGCCAGAACUCUACUAACAGACUCUCCAAGGGGUCUUUCACCAACUCCAUUCAUACUCUCGAAGAAUUAGAUGGGAAUACAAGGAGUAAUAGAAGCAGUGCUACGAUUAGAGCCAACCCGGCUCCUGGAGCCUCUGAGCAGGGCGGUUUUCUCGGUGAUUUCGAUUUCGACAAGGCCCUUGUGAAGUUUGCAGCGGAGAGGGAAAACUUCCUCGAGGAUUUGAGCUUUUCGGCGGGCGCUAAGACACAAUCGCGACCGCCAAUGGUGAACCCACGUACUGAAAGGCUUAAAGCUGACGAGCCUGCAACGGGGAGGACGAGUCCGAUGAAAAGUAUUAGGGGAAGCAUUCGUGGUAGUAUAAGGCGGAAGAUAAGCUUUAAGGAUAUGAACAGCGUGCGAAAGCAGCCAACAACUCCGAGACCUGCCUCAAUUAGGACUACCAAGCGAUUGAGCAGUUACAAUGCUGUUAUCCCGCCGCCCGAACCCCUCAAUCUCGAUCCCGAUAUGCACCCCCUAAAACGACGCUUCGAACCCGAACUCCUCGACCGAUACCCUCCACGAAACGACUCAGAAGGCCUAAGCAAGAGAGGCAGGUUUCCCGACUACGUGCCUAUGUUUGCUUUCCCUAAUGAUAUUCAAAUUGUGUCGUCGGACGAGCGGCCAAGAUCUACGUGGCAUGGGUUUACGAUGACAUCGGACGACAACUCUAAGAUAUAUGGCGUAACUGUCAUCAUAUGGACGGCACUUACAACUGAUGUAGCGGAGGAUAUCGAGAGGCGUUGCGAACAUUGGAGGCAGAGGCAUAUGACUGAGGAAGAGCGUGAGCUUGCUGGUAGCCUUGGAGCUCGUCUCGCCGCAGAACGUGCCCAUCUAUCUCAAUUACUUGCCAAGCUUCCGACGAUCCCUUCUGGGUCUUCUGCUCGAGAGACGCUGGAUGACCAGAUUAGUGCAGUGGAAGAGAAAAUUGGACUGAUGACAGAAAUGCUGCGACCCCUGAGACAUGGAGCCGCAUCGAAAAUCGACGGCCUAACCGCUGGUGAAAGUGGUCUCUGGACGCCGCGAGCGUACGGUAUCCUUGGUAGGGAUGCUACGCGUGUUGGCUUCUGGAAGGACUGGCUUCGAGCUGUCAUCGUGCCUAUGACAGACGGUGGGAUCUUGCGGAUACCGCCAAGCUCGCCCCGAGUUGGUCGAUGGCAACCACUAGAGCGCUACGUCGUCAACUUGUGUACUGAGGCAUUUACCCCCCUUGGUUCUAAGACACAAGUUGAGAUCGGUGUGCGUGAAUUGCGUCUAUACGCACGGAAGGAGGCCAUCAAUGAGCUUCCAGGUUCACGGAAUACUGACCUCUACGCUUUAUUCAGAUCACUCUCGCUUGAGAAUAUUGUUACGCUAUUCGAAUAUGCGAUGUCUGAAUCCCGCAUCAUCUUCCUAUCCUCACAUACAGCAAUGCUUCACUUGGCUUCCCACGCCUUGCUCAGCUUGAUGUACCCACUGAAAUGGGCGAGUAUUUUUAUCCCUAUCCUUCCAGCGCGAUUGAUUUCUGCUCUUGACGCGCCAUGCCCCUACAUCGUAGGUAUCGAACGAAGGUACGAUAAUAUCGUACUUCCGGACGAUGACUACGUCUUGGUCGAUCUAGACAAGGACACGAUUGAGUCGCCAGCACUACCGGUUCGCCUACCGAAACAGCACCGGCGAAAACUUCUUUCACUUCUGCAAUAUGCAGCACCCCAUAGUCUACGCUAUGGAGUCACAACGGGACCACCUCCCUAUGCGAUUGAAUCCUUCCCUUACGACUGUUUCUCUGCCGAGAAUGGUGCCCUUUUCAACGAAAAGGCUGCGCCUAGCACGCUGCAUAAAUGGGUUGCGCAAAAUUCUUCGUCUUUUGGAGACUCCGAGCCUUUCGACGCCACGAAGGCGCCAGUGUUCAACGCAUUUUUGCAUGCAAAACCUGAGGGAAGCGAUCGGCCGACCACUAGCAAGUCGAACAAGACUAGCCCUCCAUCAUCCGUGUCCCCCGUUUCUGUGAACUUCCCACCUAUGCCUGCCACACCAAUCUCUAGGAGCGAUUCUGGGUUCGCGCUUUCUUCUACACUGAGGGAGAAGAGAUCGGGUCAUUUUGAUAUGAAAGGGCGCCGCAGCUCCUCUUUCGGUCAAGCACCAGUUCAUCGGCCUCACCCACCCUUCCUGAACGGCCACCAGUCAAACCUAUCCAUCUCAGCUAUUUCGAUUGACUCACAAUCGUCGUAUGGCGGUUACGCUCCAUCGACCUAUGCUCAGUCCACUCUUGCUGCUUCAACAGUGAUGCCCAACAUGCACGUUCAACCAGUACAGAACACCGACUCUACAAUGUGGGUUGAAGGCCAUUGUUUUAACUUCUCUGCUGCUAACGACACGGCCUCGACCUGUGCAAUUUGUGAUGAGCGCUCUGAGGGCGACGGAUGGUAUAAAUGUUCUGGCUGUGGAACAACUGUGCACGGACGCUGCCUAGGAAGCGUAUGCCUCGUCUGCCCGGUCGCCUUCAACGCCGACAAGGUCCGAGCUGCCUUUGUACGUUGUCUCGCAAGCCUACUCUACACAUACCGCAAACAUCUAGGUCGGCCUACGAGGGACCAGAAAAAGAACGGCCAGCUUUAUGGAUUCGACAUGAAUGGUUUUAUUAGAAGCUUGCCGUACGAUCAACAAGAGUACGCUACGAUGAUGAAAGAAACGCAAGUGUUCAAUGAAUUCAUUCAUGAGCGGGAAACCGAACCAGCCACAGAUCCAGAAAUCCGCCUCUUUGACGAGAUUCUUCUUGCCAAGAAAGCCCGAGGUAAAUCUGGGUUGUCUUCGGGGUUGUCCCGCCUCUCGACAAUAAGAGCGUCCCAUGGUGUCUCAGCUUCCCUUCCAGGCCUUCAAAUACCGAGACACAGCAAGGUAGCAUCCUUCUUGACUGAUACAUCUGAUCAUAUAUGGAGGACUGCCAGUGUACCAGUGCCAAAUUCGAAAUUCCAAGGCGACUACCGCUCGGUCACGACAAGAACGCCAUCACGGCUCGACCCUGCAUUAAUGAAGGAACCCCGCGCAAUACAAGGUGUACCACACCCUGAGCAGCGCAGAAGAGGAGUCAUCAGGAAGCAGGUUCCAAGUAUGAUGAUCUCUUCUACCUCUCCUACCUCUCCCACUUCCCCCGGGGGAUCACAAUAACUCGAUUUUGUUGUAUCAACUACCUACAUUUCAAACUCGAGGAUUGCUUUAUUAGAAUGUAACAUUAAGAGGGAUAGGGUCUAUUAGUUUAGCCCCUAUACCAUGUACUAUAACUCUAGGGAGGAUACGCGAUGAACGAAAAAGAAAAGGCAUUGAAGAUUGUUGUUCAUCUACAGAUUCACUUACUCAAAGUUGGCUGUUCAUCAUUUUUAUUUUUUCUUCUAUCUCGAAUCAUUAGCAUCAUCAUCAUCGGACGGCGGUUCCGCAAAGAUUACUUUUACUGGUUUAUGCACACGAUGGAGGAGGAUAAUGUCUACCUUAGCUAACUAAAUUUGUUUUUUUGAACGACUGAGGAGGCGAGAGAAAGAAAGAGAAGUCGGUGGAGAGGAGAGAGGAGAAGAGAAGAGGGGAU